AUGGCAGAGUUCAUCAAUGAGUCCAUGAUUUUGGACAGUUUGAGGAACCAUCCCCAUAUUGUAAAUUUCAUAGGCAUCUCGUGCAAUCCCGACGUCGGACCCGCCAUUAUCACAUCCUGGAUGGAGCAUGGCACAUUAACAAACAUCAUUGGUCUUGAUCCUCCGAGUCAAUAUCGACGCCAAAUGGUAGAACAGAUUGUGGACGGCAUGUCAUUCCUGAAAGCAUCAAACGUCAUCCAUGGAGAUUUGAAAAGUAGCAACAUAUUGAUAUCAUAUAAUGGUCGCGCUUGUAUCGCUGACUUCGGGUUGUCACGCUUUGCUGGCAAUUGGCGCUCUUCACCACCUACAGUGGCUUUCGGACUGCAGAUAGCGGAAUCCACGCUUUCAUGGCUCUUACGUGUACCUUACCCCACUGAUUGCAACACUCGUGUUGGCGCUGGAAGUCCGCGGUGGAUGGCCCCUGAGCUCCUUCUGCCCAGUCAGUGGGAAUCUGCACACACGACGUUUGAGAGUGAUAUUUUUGCCCUAGGCAUGGUGAUUUACGAGGUGGGAUCAUGA